AAAGACCUUAUUGUCCAAUCAGAGUGAGCUGCUGCUGCUAAACCCCACUCCACUCCACUCCAACUAACGGGACCUCCUGCGCCUCUGACUAUGAGUGGAGUCUAAAAAGUCCUGAGGUUCAGACUCAUCCACAAAGAUCUGCUUUAGAGGAAUUCACUCCAAAACCAGUUAGUCUGUGAAGGCGACCCAUAACAAGUGGUGAAACAUUAACUUAAAGCUGACUUUAACUUCAUGCAUGUUGGAGGUUUUGCCGUCGUGCAGCCACAGAGCAGAGCAGAGGGGGACGGACUUGGAUGUGGGACAGGAGCUGCCGAUGCGUCAGUAAAGAUCCAACUAACCAGCAAAUACACGCAACAUGACGAAGAAACUAUGUGGGACCAAUUAUCCGACCAGCAUCUGCUUCAUAGUGGUGAACGAGUUCUGCGAACGCUUCUCCUACUAUGGCAUGAAAGCGGUGCUGACGCUUUACUUCCUCACGUACCUACACUGGGACAAGGACCUCUCCACAGCUAUCUACCACGCCUUCAGCAGCCUCUGCUACUUCACGCCCAUACUGGGAGCUGUCAUCGCUGACUCCUGGCUGGGAAAAUUCAAGACCAUCAUCUACUUGUCCAUUGUGUACGUGAUCGGCCAUGUGGUCAAGUCGGUCGGAGCCAUACCCCCUGUGGGAAACACAGAUGUGCACAUUGGUCUGUCCAUGGCUGGUCUGAUUCUUAUAGCUCUUGGUACUGGAGGAAUCAAACCCUGUGUGGCAGCAUUUGGUGGAGACCAGUUUGAUGAGGAGAAUAUCACUGAAAGGCAGAAAUUCUUCUCCAUUUUCUACAUGUCUAUAAACGCUGGGAGUCUCUUGUCCACUAUAAUCACACCCAUGCUGAGAGGUGAUGUGAAGUGUUUCGGGAAUGACUGCUACGCUCUGGCCUUCGGGGUUCCUGCUAUUCUGAUGAUAGUGGCCACAGUUGUGUUCAUCUCUGGCAGCGGCUUGUACAAGAGGAAUCCUCCCCAAGGGAACGUGCUGCUGGAAGUCUGCAACUGCAUCGGGUUUGCCUUAAAAAAACGCUCCGGGAGAGCAAAGCAUGACCCUCCAAGGAAGCACUGGUUAGACUGGGCGGAGGACAAGUACUCGAAACGUCUAAUCCAAGAGAUCAAGAUGGUGCUGCGAGUUUUGGUUCUCUUCAUUCCACUCCCGAUGUUCUGGGCUCUGUUUGAUCAGCAGGGUUCCCGCUGGACUCUCCAGGCCACGAGGAUGAACAUGGCUUUUGGAGAUUCCUUUGUUAUUAAGCCGGAUCAAAUGCAGAUGCUGAACGCUCUGCUGAUUCUGGUCUUUGUGCCCAUCUUUGACCUCCUCUUGUAUCCGCUCGUUGGCUUUUGCAGAAUCAGAGUCACGCCUCUGAGGAAAAUGGCCAUGGGGAUGAUUUUUGCAGCGUUGGCUUUUGGAGCAGCCACAUUGGUGGAAGUGAACGUUGUGAAAACGGUGGUGGAGCCUGCACCUGCUGGGAAGUGUCUCCUGCAGGUGUACAACCUGGCCAAAGGUGACAUCAGUGUGAACAUUGGCUCAAGCAACCUGUUCCCAGCACCCAUCCCAAACCUGCAGGAUCCUCCUAAAUAUGAAACACUCCCACUCGGUGCACCCAGCAGGGAACUGGCAGUUGAAGUCACCCACUCCGGAGCGACCUCGCUGUGUAACCAGAAGUUUGAAGAGAUGAAAGUCUACAGUCUGAUAGUAGACUCUAACGCCACCGGAAUCCACUGCCAACUUGUGGAAGAUUACAUCCAGAAAACUAACGAUGGAAAUCCUUAUCUGAGGUUUCUCAACAAAGGACCAGAUCCAAUCGGCAUAACUGUAGGAGAAGCGGAGUUCUUUGUACCUUCUGGUUUCAUGUCUCCGAACCAGACUGUGGAACGAGGAGAAUACCCGAGUGUCACCUGCAGCAUACAGUCAAAGACCUGCACUAAUCUCAACCUCGGCCUGCUGGACUUUGGAGCCUCCUACACCGUCAUUCUCCUGGAGGAUUCGGGAAAAAUAGUUCCUCAUAAGAUGGAGGAUGUGAAAGCUAACAACGUGCACAUCGCCUGGCAGAUCCCUCAGUACGUCCUCAUCACUAUGGGAGAGGUCAUGUUCUCUAUCACAGGACUGGAGUUCUCCUACUCGCAGGCUCCAACCAACAUGAAGUCAGUCCUGCAGGCCGGCUGGCUGCUCACUGUGGCCUUUGGGAACGUGAUCGUGCUGAUCGUGGCGGAGGGGGCGGGACUGGAACAGUGGAUCGAGUUCCUGCUGUUUGCUGGUCUGCUGUUGGGCGUCUGCGUCAUCUUCUCAAUCAUGGCUUCCUUCUACACGUACGUCGACCCCGACGAGCUGAACAAGAAUUACCUGGAGGACUCGAAGAAGGAUGAAGACGACCAAGACGACCAAGACGACCAGGAUGACCGAGACAACCUGAAGAGAAAGAUGGCAGAUGGCAUGCAGCUGAAAAAAUCAGGAAAGAGCACCAAUCUGUAACAAGGACAGAAUAUCAACACAACCCUCUCUGCCACUGAUGAAUGAAGUCAAAGUAAUGAAGGAGUUAUAAGAAGGUGUGCUUUUUAUAAUUUAAUUUACUGUCUUAUUUUUGAGAUACUGUUUGAGGUAAUAAGAUGUGAUCAUUGGACAUUUCUUGUGGUUGUGGAGGUCACAUGUGUUUUGUACAUUAUUUCUCAACACUCCAGAUUAUUCAAAUGUUUGAGAACAAGAGAGUGUCGUCUGAUUGAGACUGAACACAUGAGAAAGUGUUUGAGAGGCUGAAUACUGUGCUACACUACGAUCAAUAGUGUUAUUAUUACAAAUGAAUGUUAAAUACUUGAUGCUAUAUGUAUAUGUAAACAUGUUUGUGGCAUAUUAACUCAAUGUUUUAUUUUCUAUCAUGCUUCAAAAUAAUCACAACCUACAGCACACUGCCUUAGAUAGAAAGUGUUCAGUUUACAUUGUGUGCCUUUAAACGUGAUAUUAAAGGACCAUAGGUGGGUUUUGCAUAAAUACAUAAAUAUGAUGUUCAGGGGAUUAUUUUGGCUUUCAUAGAUUUGUUUGUUUUUUAAGAAAAGGCGACAAAUUUGAAUGAAAUGAUGAAGUUAGGAAAAAAAAAUGUCUUAAUCCUGAUUGAAAUGUAGCCGAUGUAGCUGGAGAAUGCCCCGCCUUUAUAUUAUCAUACUGAAACCUUGAAACUAGUGAAGGGAAAUGUUUACAGAGAUUGAAUCAACCAAGAAGUAGGGUCAUUUUUUUUUUUAACAAGCGUCAAUGCUGCAUCUAGUUGAGUCUCCCUCUGCUGGUAGAUCAUAAAAAUGCAUGUUAUAAGAACUCAAACAUUUACUUCUAAAAAUGGAAACGUUUAAAGCCCACGUUGUUUUGGACAAAGCUGAUUUUGUCCUGUAAAUAUCUAACACGGGACUUCCACCAGAUCCGUGUCCGGAUCCGUCUCCGAUCCGCUGUGGUCUGUCUCCGUGCUCCCUUUUUAAAGGUGACAUAUCAUGCAAAAUCGACUUUUUAAUGGUUCUCUACCUGAAAUAUGUUUCCCUGGCAUGUCUACAAACCCCCUUUAAAUGAAAAAAAUCCAUUCUGCCCCUGUUUUGAUUUCUCCACCUUUCUGUAAAUGUGUGUGAAACGAGCCGUUUCAGACUUCCGUGUUUUUGUUACGUAACAACAAUAUCCGGUCUGUAACGGAGUCAGAGCUCGGAGCUUGUUCAGCCCAUAGACUGUAUAAAAUACAACUCAACUCCUCCUCCGUUUUUCAUUCCCUGCACACGUGUGCUAACAAGGAGCUUAGGAGGGAGGCAUGCUAGUUGUAGGCUGUCUUAAUAAACACAGAGGUCGGUUUUACUCCCCACGUCUGCAGAUCUAGUGGAUGAUUUUUAUUUUUCAUGGAAAAGUGCUAGUGCUAGUUAGCAUAGCCACAUAGCUACAUGUUUGUAGCUGUGUACCAAGACACACGUCGACAUACUGACAAAUAAAACAACAUGAAACACAGAAUCUGUGACCAAUGGUUCAGAAAGGUCCUGCUGCCUUUCUGGCAGAGGUUGGUUUUACUCCCCACGUCUGCAGAUUUGAAGAUCUAGUGGAUGAUUUUUAUUUAUCAUGGAUAAGUGCUAGCGCUAGUUAGCAUAGCCACAUGUCGUAGCUGUAGCUGUGUACCAAGACACACGUCGACAUACUGACAAAUAAAACAACAAGAAACACAGAAUCUGUGACCAAUCCUUCAGAAAGGUCCUGCUGCAGGCGCCUCUCCGUCAGUAUCAGAUUCUGGAUUAGAUUCAGAGGGUUGAAGUAACGCGGGUCUGUAAGAAGUGUGUAUAUUCAGCCAACAUUUAAACAUUAGAUCAACGUGCUGGAGAGCCGAGGCCACAUCCACUUCCUGAGGGGGCGUGGUCAGAGAGAAAACAGACCGUUCUGAACACGGCUGAAGAAGAGGGUUUUUCAGGCAGACCAAAAUCUGAUUUCAAAGUGUUUUUUUGAGCAUAAACUUUAAAGACAUGUUUUGGGGACCUCUUAGACCAAUAUAUAUUGAUGAAAAAAGCGUGAUAUGUCACCUUUAAAGUCACAACGGAACCGGUCAACACCCACUGGUUCCGUUUUCGGAAGCGGCAACCUCCGGUCUAAAAAUAUGAUAUAUGAUAUAUGCUAAAUGAUACAGUGGGCUCGAUUACAGCAGAACACUAUAGUAGCACAGUUAAAUUCAAUCGGUCAUCAUGGUUUUUGUGUUUUCUGCAUUGAAAUGAAGUCACACAUCAGUCAAACGUUUAGGCUAAUAAAACGCUUAUUCUUCAAGGUCUAUUCAACAUAAAUGACACAAAAAGAUAUAAACUUUACUUUCGGAUCAUUACUCAUCACUGUUUAGCCCCACGAAUAAGAAUUGUAUCGGUUUUAAACUACAUUGCCAUGGACCGCUCUACUAUGAGCGGUGCGCGUUCCCACGAGGUGCAUGCAAUUCUCGGCGUGCAGGCGUUUUCUCGGCACAACACCGGGAAGAGCAACCUCUCCGGGGAUGAUCUUGUGUCAUAGUUGGAGGAAAGCAGUAACAAGUGGCCUAAAGCUUCUCUUCAGGUGGUGCACAGGUUGUGGAGUGAACAUGGAACGUCUGUGCACGCUCAGUAGGAGCUCCACGCCAUGCUCAGUAUCAGCCAGGUUUGUCUCAAUGUCUGAGAACAGUCUCAUCUGACAACGACCCUGCUGCAGGACUUUCAGACUCUAAAAGCAACAGUAUAGAAAUAACCAAGAUGUCUCUGAUGGUCUUGUUUGCUUUUGUAGCUCACAAAGAGGCUUCAAUUUUCAUUUCAGUCUGUUCUGUAACAAACUGAAAACUUCUUAUAGGAGCUUUAAGUUCACAUCAAAAUAACUGAGAGUCAACAUGAGGCAGCUGUCUUUAAGUGCAGGAAACACAGAGUUUGUACAUCUGUUUUCUGAUCUGUGUCUUUGCAAAUGGAGCUUCUGGGGAAUAUUUUAUAAAAUUAAAAAAUAGUGCAUUGUAUAUUUCAUCUGCCUUUUUUCUGCUAAAACAUGCCUAAACAGCUGCAUGGUCCUUUAAAGUCAUGAGAUACUUUGAGAUUUUUUUGUAAAUUGUGCUGCUCCUUAUGAAGUCUGUAAAUAGACGGAUGUGAUGCUUAAAGUUGUUUUUGUGUUGUUAAGAUCUAAAUGAAGAUUAAAAUGUUUUGUCAAUUUUAA